AUCAUUUACUGGGCAGUACAGCACUUUUACUAUUGUUUAUUCAUUUGAGAAAUGACAUGAUGGCUAUUUCAGAGUUUGUUUUCCUUUCUUUUGUAAUGUAUCAUGUAUAAUAAAUGUUGGCGCCUCCCUCUACUAAGUAACUCUGUAUAAGUGAUGUUGCAACAUCGUUCUGUUGUCAUUACUGUUUUGGUAAUAAAACACCCUUACAUUUUAACCAGUGUGUAGUGUUACAUGAAGGCAAGUGGAGUUUGACCCCUUUGAUCGGAGAGGGAUCAUCUCUACGGUACUGAGAGAAACUUUGGGUCCGUUCACUGGAGACCCUGUAAAGCCCUGUUUGAAUGGACCCUUGACUAGGAUAGAGACAUCUGACUGUUUCUGACCCGUUAUUCAGACAGCUGUUCUGUCUUUAAGAAGCCAAUUACUACUUGCCAAUGAGAUUUACUCCAACCAGCGGACGGCACCUGGAUUGCUGCUCCCCUGCAUGCGUUCCGUGACACACCUGAGAAACUCCUUGACCUUUGACCUCAUGGCUGCCACCGAGCAUCCCAAUGUGUCCCCUUCCCCCACCGCGGAGGUCACAUCGCCGUCGACCACCCUGGCCACCACAGAUAUAGUGGUGCUUGUUAUCUACUUCCUCUUGGUUCUGGCUGUGGGCUUGUGGUCCAUGUGGAAGACCAAGAGGAGCACAGUGGAUGGAUAUUUUCUUGCCGGGAAAACCAUGACUUGGUGGCCGGUGGGCGCCUCUCUGUUUGCCAGUAAUGUGGGCAGUGGGCACUUCAUUGGGCUCGCAGGCUCUGGGGCGGCAGCUGGUAUCGGUGCAGCUGCUUAUGAAUGGAACGGCAUGCUGAUGGUGCUGCUCUUGGGCUGGCUGUUUUUACCCAUCUAUAUUGCAUCAAGGGUCACAACAAUGCCUGAGUAUUUACAGAAAAGAUUUGGUGGCAUAAGAAUACAGUUAUUUCUUUGUGUUUUAUAUCUAUUCAUCUACAUCUUCACCAAAAUAUCAGUGGACAUGUAUGCAGGAGCUGUGUUCAUCCAGCAGGCUCUGCAGUGGAACAUCUACCUCGCUGUGGUUCUGCUUCUCGGCAUUACGGCUCUGUACACCAUCGCAGGUGGUCUGGCAGCAGUGAUCUACACCGAUGCGGUUCAGACUGUCAUCAUGGUGGUCGGAGCCUUGAUCCUCAUGGGCUUCAGUUUUGCAGAGGUUGGGGGAUUUCAGGCUGUCCUGGACAAGUAUCCUCAAGCUAUUCCCUCCAUCCGAGUGCCCAACACCACCUGCGGAAUCCCUCGUGAUGAUGCCUUUCACAUAUUCCGUCACCCUGUGACCUCUGACCUGCCGUGGCCGGGAGUAAUCCUGGGCAUGUCCAUGCCCUCCAUGUGGUACUGGUGUUCUGACCAGGUGAUAGUGCAGCGUUCGCUUGCUUCCAAGAACAUUCUGCAUGCUAAGGGAGGAUCUCUGCUCGCCGCUUACCUCAAAGUUCUGCCCUUCUUCAUGAUGGUGAUUCCAGGCAUGAUCAGCAGGAUACUUUACCCAGGUGAACUACUGAAACAAACACCAAAGUUUAAGGCCUCUAAAUGUACAGUUUGUUCUAUUGAAAUGCAUAUGAACGUGUGUGUGUGUGUGAGAACUGUAGACGAGGUGGGCUGUGGAGACCCAGAUGUGUGUAAACAGGUUUGUGGGAAUCCUGUGGGCUGCUCGGACAUUGCUUAUGCCAAACUGGUGAUGGAGCUCCUUCCCGCAGGUCUGAGGGGUUUAAUGAUGGCUGUGAUGUUGGCUGCUCUCAUGUCCUCUUUGACCUCCAUAUUCAACAGUUCCAGCACCAUUUUCACCAUGGACCUUUGGAGAAACAUCCGCCGCACUGCCUCCGAGUGGGAGCUCAUGAUUGUGGGGAGAGUGUUUGUGUUGGUGUUAGUGGUGGUGUCAGUGCUGUGGAUUCCUCUAGUUCAGGCCAGUCAGGGUGGGCAGCUCUUCAUCUACAUCCAAUCCAUCAGUAUGUACCUGCAGCCCCCCAUAACGGUCAUCUUCCUCGCUGGAUGCUUCUGGAAACGGACCAAUGAGAAGGGUGCAUUCUGGGGUCUGAUAGUGGGGAUGUUGGUGGGGUGUAUAAGGAUGAUCCUGGAUUUCGUCUAUCCUACACCGCUGUGCUAUGAGAGCGACACCAGGCCUGACAUCAUCAAAUAUGUUCACUUCCUGUACUUCUCCAUCAUUCUCACUCUCCUCACACUCAUCGUGGUGGUGUGUGUAAGUCUGGCUACAGAGAAGCCCAAACCAGAGCAGAUCAGUCGUUUGACGUGGUACACGCGCUUUGAUCCUGUGAAAGAAAGCGAAGAGGUUGUGGCUUCAGAUCUCUACACGAUCGAAGGCGCCACACAGAACACAAAACACAUGGAAAAUGAUGCAUAUCAAAUGAAAGAAGACUCCUGUAGCUCUGUGUCCAGUGAAGCGGGUUCCUCUAAACUCAAAUCUGCUCUGUUCUGGAUCUGUGGAAUGGAGAAGCAGAAAGAAGAGAAGCCCAUGUCUCCUCCUCCAGAGACUCCGAUGUGUUCCCUCGAGGAAGAGCCCUGUAUGAGACACGUGGUAAACGCCAACCUCAUCGUCUGUAUGUCAUUGGCUGUGUUUCUCAUCGCCUACUGGGCAUAGCCACUUGCCCUUUAUCAUGGAUUGUUUAGUGUGACUGGUGUGUAAGUAAAUCUUCACUGAGUAUGUAA